ACUAUCACCACCACCAUUACCAUCACCAUCAACAAUACCAUCACUACUACCACCAUCACCACAACCACUGCCACCACCACCACCAUCAUCACCACCACCAUCAUCACCAUCACCCCCACCACCACCUCCCCAACCACCAUCACCACCAUCAUCACCACUAUCAUCACCACCAUUAUCGUCAUCACAACCAUCACCAUUAUGACUAUCUUUACUAUCACCACUACCACCAUCACCAUCACUACCACCAUCAUCAUUCCAAUCAGCCUUAUGCCAUAG